CGUCCAUUUUAUCACUUUCCACUUUCUAGUUUCCAAAGAAUCCAAACCCCACCACCCCCUCUCUCUCUCUCUCUCUCUCUCACAAAUUCACAAUCAUAUCUCAAUUCCUCUCAACUCUUCACUGUUUUCUUUUUUCUUCCUAACAAGAAGAGUAAAGCGCAAUGAAAAUGGAAUCCAAAUCCAACGCCAAUCAUAUUCCCUACUCAGAUCUCGCUUUCUAGUUUCUCUCCUUCACAAGCAACUACUGCUACACUCUACUACACCCACAAUUUUUUUUCUGUCUAUAAAAAUGGCUACCCUGCAGAAAUUCAAGCUCCUUGCAACUCAGUGCGCGGUAGUCGCCGGAAGCCCCACGAGGAGCCCGUCGGCGAGUCCCGUCAUCCAUCUCCGUCGCCGCAAGACUCUCCGGAUGCUCCUUAACCGCACGGACCGACGAUUCUCUCGCCGAAACGACUCCCCGUCGGAGAUGGACUCCGAUCCCAAUCCCACAUCGAGAAACAACAACAACAACAAUAACAAGAACAACAAUAAGAACGGUAGCAAAGAGGUUAGGGUUCGGCAUAAGUUAAAGGACUUGUUCGUGUCCUCUCCGCCAAUUGAAGAUAGGGUUUCCGAUUCUAGAUUUAACCGUCAAGAAGAUGAUGUCGGGUUCUCACCGGCAACCGGAAGCGCCGGUGGCAGUGGAGGAGGAGGAGGUGGAGGUGGAAACGGCUUUGCGGCUAGGCGUGGUGGCGGAAUCGGCCCUUUCAGACCGAUAACGGCGUCGUUUCGGUAUAGAUUGCUGAGAAGACCUUGGCGACCUGUACUCGUCACCAUUCCGGAGUAGAAACCAGCCAAAAUAAUUGUACGGAUAUAUUCCGAAAUUUCCUUUUUCUUUUUCUUUUUCUUUUUCUUUUUAUUUUUUUAUUUUAUUUUUAUAUUUCCUUUUUUUUUGUUUUGUUUUUUUUUUUCCUGUGACAUUUUGGAGGUAUUUAAAAUAGAUGAGGCAAAAAUGUGAAUAUUUUGGGUUUGCUAAAAUGCGCUUGGAAAAUGGGCGCAAAUUAGCGGCGCAUUUUAGCAAUGGAAAUAUCGAUAAAUAAAAAAGAAGAAGAAGAAGAAGAAGAAGAAAUGUUGUAUUAUGUAUAUGAUGGUCUUAAAAAGCAAAUUUGUGCUUUUCUAUGGGGUGUUGGGUCCAUGAGAUGAGAGAGUGGGAUUGAUCAUGAAGACAAGGUUAAGACAAAGAUAUGAACAAGGUCUUAAUUUUUUAAUAAAAGCUCUCUGUCUCUAUUGCAUCUUC